GCCCUCUAGUGGCUCACGUGAGACGCGUCAAACUCCGUCAUAACGGAGGUCACAACAGAAAACAUGGCGGCUCCCAGUAAAGCGACCGUGAUGUUGAAGGCUGUGAAGAAAAUAUCGGUUCAGUUUUGUCCAUUUGAGUCUAAUGUCCGGUCUACACGAGAGUUUCUGGCCAAGGUGGGCUCAGAGAAGGCCAGAGCUACCAACAUGAACUGUGAAGUUAUAUCCAUGGUGAAACACGACAAGUCUGAGCCCGUAGUGGAUAUUACUUAUUUAGAUGGAGAGAGGCUGGUGAUGAAGGGAGCAAAGUUGACCAGCAGUGAGAUGCUGACUGCAUUUCAGUCACGGUGCACAGCCAAGGAUCCGCAGGCAAAAGCUGCAACAAAAAAAUAAUGAUCUUCAUGUUAAAUAUAUCUGUGUUGAAUUUAUCUGUAUUUAACGGAGUAUAAUCUUGGAUGUUUUAUAAUAAAAUUAUUUCAUUUAAA